GGAGGAAUCUGAAAUGACAGGGGGUGGGCGCUCGGGUUAAAAUGCCUCUACCUGCCUGCCAACGUGAGGCAGAGCCCCAGACGAGGCUUGACCACACUGACAGCGUCGAACAGGUUGAACAUCUGAGACAAUAUCAGCAUCAUGUCAAAAGCUGUUGACAGAAACAAGGUGUUUCAAACCACAAGAGUGCGGACCUCACUGAAGAAUGAUGCCAGCUGGAUCCAGAAAUCAGGAGAGGAGAAAAAGGAGCAAGACGAUUCAAGGACGGAGCAGGCUGUGGAGACCAGACACCUCCUGGUCAGCAAGAGCUCAUACGUCCUGUCCACGAUCAAGAAAUUUGAGUUCCAAGCAGAACAUGUUCCAGAAGAACAUACCCAAAAUGAUGAGGCAGAAUCUGAAAAAUCUGUUGACAACACAUCUGAAGGAGACAAGGAUGAAUAUGCUGAUCCAACGGUUGACCAGUCAAAUGUAGAACAUAAUCAGAUGGCUGUAGAAGAACAUAUCCCAAAUGGUGAGGCACAACCAGUUUCUUCAACAAAAGAAAAACCAGAGGCAGAGUCUCCUGUGGAUACAGCUGAGCCACCAGUUGCCACUUCAACAGCAGAAAACAAGGAAAAAUAUACAGAUCCUGCAGCUGACCAGUUCCACAUAGAACACAGUGAGGUCAAGGUCUCUGCAGAUGCUCAUGCGGAGGACCCCAUUGCAGACACCUCUGCUACCACUGACACAGAGGCGAGCAAAGACAAUGCUGAAGUUUCUGCUGUCACAGUAAGAGUGCAAGAAGAAACUUCAGCUGAAACAGAGCCAGCAAAUGCAACAAAUUUGGAGGAUGCCAAGGCAGAUUCAGCUGUACAUCCUGCAGAGGUGAGCCAUGAGGACUGUUUGUCAGAACAGGCCUCAAAAGAAAUAGUUGAAGCUGUUGCUGAGGUUGUUGCGGAGUCAUCACCUGACAAGAGUGAUGUGAUUAAUGCAACACCAGGAGAGGUUGCUCUCCAAGACAGUGUGGAGGCCGUCCCUGACUUAUUGGCAAAAUUUGUAUGUGAAUUGCCCACUCAAUCUGCUGCAGAAACUGCCACAGAGGCAAGCUGCGAAAAAGAUCCUCCGGAAGAGGCUGCUAGGGAAACUGUUGAAGUUGUAGCUCAGGUUAAUGUGGAGUCGUCCCCUGAGACCCCACCUGUGACUGAGACAGCAGGAGAACAGGACAAUGUGGAACCAGUCCCCGACUUAGUGGCUGAUACUGUCUCCGAAUCUCCUACUCAACCCUCUGCUGAAACUGCAGUCAAGUCUGUAGAGCGUGAAGUCGAGUCUGCAGCCUCAGCAGAGCCAGCUUUGCAGACCAGUGCUGAAGAGUUAGUCGAGUGUAAAGUCCAGCCUGCUGAUGACACUGUUGUUGAGCUAAGUGUCAAGCCAACACCUGAGGAUACAGCAGAACGCGUGGUGGAGUUGAAUGUCAAGGAUGCGGUUGAACCUGCAAAAGUUACAGAUGCUGAAGCUGUCCAGAAUACGACUGCAAACAGAAUCAUUGAACUGUCAGACGCAUUAGAUGUGGAACCAUCCACAUCUGAACCCCUGAAAGAUCAAGAACAAUCCCACACUGAGGAAACAAAUCUGAACCAGCAUUCUGAUCAUGCCAACAGCUCUGAAACCUCUCAAAAGCCGGAAGAGGAGGUGCAAUCUAUACAAACUCUAAAAGACACCAGGGACAACAAAAAUGUUUGUGCAUUCUGUGACAAAACAAUUGAUGGAAAUGUCAAGAUCAAAUUAAGUGAACCUCUGAUGAACUGCCACCCCGAUUGCUUAAAGUGUGGUGUGUGUGCUAAGGCCCUGGGAGAUCUGCUGACCCCCAUGUUUUUGCAUAACCAAGAGAUCCUGUGUGGUGGCUGCUUUGCAAAAACUCAGACCUGAAGCCUAACUGGGACGAAUAUGUCAUCAGAGAAAACCCAAAGCAUACUAUGAUUAAUGUGUUCUUUGGACUGAGAACCUCACUACUGUUGCCUUAGGUCUGUAUUCUGUCUAUUGAACCAAUUUCUUAAAGUUUUCUAGAACAUAGUGUACUGUCAUGAUUAGGAAUUUUGUAUUGAAAGAGUGUGGCAGCAUAUUCAUUAUUGUAGUAAUUGCCAAAGUCCUUAAAUGAAAUACAAUCAGUGUGAAAGAUUUUUAUUGCAAUGUACCGUAUGUGGUAAAAAAUAAAAUCACAAAUUACUGCCUCAGA